GGCGCCGGCGGGAGGGCGGGGGGGGCGCAGUGGUUGGGGCCGGCGGCGGCCGCCGCGGCGGCGGGGUCAGUUCUCUUUGGUGUUUGCCGAUGUUGGAGGCGUCUCCAAAGUGUCCCCGGGAAGCAGUGACAGGCAAUGGCACAAGUUAAGAUGCAGACUACAGCAAACCUGUCUGGACCCACCAUGUCCCCUAUGGUGCUACCCCUGCCAGUUACAACUACAAAUACACUGAGUCUGCCAUCCUCAAUGAAUGGAUCCAUUUCGGAAUCAGCUGCCAGCUGUAGCAGUCCUACUGCCAGCCUUGUGGAUCCCGCACCUUCUAACAACUCACCAGCUCCUCUCCAAGAUAACAUGGCAAACCCCAAAGAGAAAACUCCAAUGUGUCUGGUAAAUGAGUUAGCCCGUUUCAAUAGAAUUCAACCCCAGUAUAAGCUUCUGAAUGAAAGAGGGCCUGCUCAUGCCAAGAUGUUCACAGUGCAGCUGACUCUUGGAGAACAGACAUGGGAAGCUGAAGGAAGCAGUAUUAAAAAGGCCCAACAUGCUGCUGCUAGCAAAGCACUGAAUGAAACUACCCUUCCCAAACCAACGCCUAGACCACCCAAAAAUAAUGUAAACAAUAAUCCAGGCAGUAUAACUCCAACUGUGGAGCUGAAUGGUCUGGCGAUGAAAAGAGGAGAGCCUGCCAUCUACAGGCCAUUGGAUCCAAAGCCAAUUCCCAAUUACAGAGCAAAUUAUAAUUUCCGGGGCAUGUACAAUCAGAGGUAUCAUUGCCCAGUGCCUAAAAUUUUCUAUGUCCAGUUAACUGUUGGCAACAGUGAGUUUUUUGGUGAAGGAAAGACUCGUCAAGCUGCUAGACAUAAUGCUGCAAUGAAGGCCCUUCAAGCUCUCCAGAAUGAACCUAUUCCAGAAAAAUUACCUCAGAAUGGAGAAACAGGAAAAGAAUCAGAAGAAGAUAAAGAUGCAAACAAGUCUGAGAUCAGUGUAGUGUUUGAAAUCGCUUUGAAGCGCAAUAUACCUGUCAGUUUUGAGGUGAUUAAAGAAAGUGGACCUCCGCACAUGAAGAGCUUUGUUACACGAGUUACAGUAGGAGAAUUCACUGCAGAAGGAGAAGGCAACAGUAAGAAACUCUCAAAGAAACGCGCUGCAAUGGCUGUCCUACAAGAACUUAAGAAACUUCCUCCUCUUCCUGUGAUUGAAAAGCCAAAACUUUACUUUAAAAAGCGUCCAAAAACAAUAUUGAAGACUGGACCAGAAUAUGGUCAAGGAAUGAAUCCCAUCAGUCGUUUGGCUCAGAUCCAACAGGCCAAAAAGGAGAAGGAGCCAGAGUAUGUUCUUCUUUCAGAGAGAGGAAUGCCUCGCCGUCGAGAGUUUGUUAUGCAGGUAAAAGUAGGCAAUGAUAUUACUACUGGAACAGGCCCAAACAAGAAAAUAGCUAAAAGAAAUGCAGCAGAAGCAAUGUUGCUACAGCUGGGUUACAAAGCCUCUACUCCUCUUCAAGACCAGCCAGAAAAGCUUGGAGAAAACAAGAGUUGGAAUGGCCAGAAUGUUGGGUUUUCUGAGCCAACGAAUAACACACCAAAGGGAAUACUCCAUCUCUCUCCUGAUGUUUAUCAAGAGAUGGAAGCAAGCCGCAACAAAUCAGCCCCUGGUACCACUGUAAGCUAUUUGUCAUCCAAAGAAAUGAGCCAGACUUCCAGCUCUUUCUUCAGCAUAUCUCCUACAACAAAUAGCACGGCUACGAUUGCCAGGGAACUUCUCAUGAAUGGAACGUCCCCAACUGCUGAAGCCAUAGGUCUAAAAGGAGUAUCUCCUGCUUCCCCCUGUUCUACAGUGCAGCCUUCAAAACAACUGGAGUAUUUGGCAAGGAUUCAAGGCUUUCAGGUACACUACAGUGAUAGACAAAAUGGCAAAGAGUGUAUGACCUGUUUGACACUGUCUCCUGUGCAGAUGACUUUCCAAGGUAUCGGAAGCUCCAUUGAAGCCAGCCAUGACCAGGACCAUGAACCCUCUUUAGGAACCUUCCUUGUGCUACAGAGCAGCAUAGCUGGGUAGCCAUAGGAACACAAAGUGGUAACCAAAGUGCAAUCCUCUUUUUUAACUGAACAGUUUGUUCAAUAAAGCUUCAUGAGCAGAAAAGUUUGGGGGAAUUCUCAUUUUGUAUUAACCCCCCUUUUCUAAAGCAUGAAAAGAAGGAUUCAUAUCCUCCUAGGAGUUGAAGAAGCUUAAGCUAUGAUUUUUUGCAGUCCAGUAUUGACCAUCAAGUGAAUCCUGCCCUUUGUUUUUCCCCACAAAUGGACAAAGCUAAACAAACUAUAACAGAUAACUUCCAAGUUUCUGAAGUUAUCUACAGCUCAAAAUGCAGAAUAUCCAUCCUAUUUUUCAGGAAGAAUAUGCUUACUUUACUCUACAGCCAACCCUAUCCCUGCCACCAGUACAUAUCCAGCUGGUGGUGGCAUUGUUCAAAGCUCCCAGCCGUGUGCUUCCUCAUGGUUGGAAGUUGCUACAUGGACCUGGAGCAGGGACUGGCAGGUCAGGCUACAAAGGCAAUUUAAGGUAGUAAGACAUGUUCAAAUGGAGUCCCCAGCGGCACCCAAAACAAUAUCUUCUUCUUCCCACGUGUAGUUCUUCUAAGCAUAACCUGCAGACAAAACAAGAGCUUCCCUUCCUUGGCAUUUAGCUCUUCAGUCUCUUAAGGACAUCUUACCAUCUGCUGCACUGAAUUUCUUAUAUUGGCUGCUUGAUAAGGUAAGACAAGUGCCGAAGGCUCAAGUCUCUGUGUGGUGAUAGCAGAGGGGCUCUGAACCAUCCCUGUACCCCCCAUGCUCAACCACUUAGAUAAAAAUCACACCUUUUGCUGAUACUGGUUACAAGGCUUAUCCCACUAAUGUAAAGAUUUUAGCUGAUUUGUGAGGUCAUAGAAUACCUGAUUAGAAAUUACUUCAAAAUAGUGGGCUGUUCAUCAAGUCAGUCCUAUUUCAGACUACUGCCUAAAUAUUUCAUACUUUAACAUUGUUUUGAGUAAUUAGGAUAAUUUUUUCUAGCGCAGCAUGCUAUAUGAAAUUAUGAAUGGAGGAGAUUUUUAUGUUGUCAUGUUUGAUUCAAUACCCCAUUGUCAUUUAUGUGAAGUAGUAUAAUAAUACACUGUCAGUCAUUUAGGGGGGAGCUAGGCAUAUGUAAAGUCUUGUGCAUGUGAGUGGAGCUUCCCAGGGUGCCUCAGUUCAUCAAUGCUGAUAAUACUGCAGAACCUGGGGCUUGAUUUUGGAAUAUGCCACAAAACAGGAUCAUUCUUUCAAAUUAAAUAAAAUGUAAGGAUCAAUGCAUAGAACCUUUUUUUUGUCAUCAUGUGUCUGUCCUUACUUGUGAGGAAAAUAAUAGGAAAAAAAUGGGAGAGACAUGUUUGCUAUAAUUUUAUAAGAUGCAAAAUAGUUAGGCAAGAAGAUAUGAGCUCGAGAAAGCAUUAGGGGAAUUAAAAGGAGGCAUCAAACGUUGGUUUGACCAGAAAGUGCUUAAAAUCCCAUUUGCUCUUUCAGAACAAAAAUACUAACAAAGAAGGCUGACAUGCUGGCAAAUUUAGACACAAUUUAUACAUGUCAAACUACUUUAAGAUAAUCUGAAAGUUUCUUGGCCCUCAUUUAAAUAAACUGGAUCUUGAGUUUUUUGGAACUCUCCUGAUAAGUAACACUUAAAACGCUUUUGAUCAAAUACCCUUUCUCAGGCAAUUACACAUUCUUAGAGGCCAGUUCAAAAGAUUGCUUGUUACCUUCAUUUAGCAAAGGUUCAAGUGCUGGAGUUUUCUGAUCUUUUUUAAAAAGGCAAACAGGGAGAGUUUACACAAUAAAAGUUCUUUUUUUAUUCUCAAAUUAAUUAUUUUGAAAUAUCUCACAGAUUACAUCAGUUUCUUUCUUGCAUUCAUGUUGCAAGAUGGCGACUAUUGUAUAUUGCUAGUGAUGCAUUAAAUUAGUUGUUUACAUUAUAAAAUCUAAACAUAUUAGAAUCUUUUGUGUUUGUCUUCAAAGAUUCCUAUUCUAAUAAAGCUUUCUGAAACAAGUAAGGUUGUCUUUUUUGUUUAGUUUAUGCAUCAGUGGAGAACCUAAAGAUUUGUAGCCUCUAGCCAUCCCUGUCUGUGUUUAGUAGAGUGUAAGGAAUUUGUGUUUGGGACAAUAUAUAUUUUGUUACACUUUUAAAUGAAUCAUUUUGCAUUCAGAAAAGGUAACACCUGAGAUGAAUGUCGAUGGAAAGAGUCGAAAUUCAUACGCUUCUCAUAAAGACUGUUUUGCUGUGACUUUUAAUUGGAAUAAAAGAAGUAUGUAUAAUAUCCUGAAAAAUAAAAAUUUUGGCUGCAUCCUUCCUAUUUCUGAUGGCUUUGUGUCACUCUUCAGGUCAAAGUGCUUCUGAGGGUUAAAUGACCAACAUUCAGUAAAGAACAGUAGUUGGAAUUGUAAAGAAACGUUGAAAUUUGGACUCCUAGUUUUCCUCUUUAGCAAAUGUUGUAACAGAGUUGUAAUCAAAUAUGAAAGAUAAAAGCAAAAGCUGACAUCUUGAUUAUGGUGGAGUUGCUCAGUGAAAGUAACUUUCACUGUUGAGGGGAGUUCAUGACCGCGUUUUUAGAAGCAAAGGAGCUCCUCAAAGAGUCAGCUGAGCAGUGUGGCAAAGGACGUCCACACUUUACCCUCAACACACUCUUUUUAAAUGCAAUACGUCUUAGUUCUUCAGCUAGAGAAAUGGUUGCUUUAAUACACUUUUUGGGUCAUACUGGUCACACUAUAUCUGCCUUGUGAAUCUGUGUUUCAAUACGUUUAGACAUACAUCUUCCUGUCCUAACAGUGUUGGCAAGUCGAAGUUGAGUAGACAGCAGGACUUUAUUUACCUGCCAAAACUCAAAAUAACUUGCAUUAAGCCAAUGACCAAAUCAAAUUGUCACAGUUAUACUUUAUAUCAAUGAAUAUCACUGAAAGGAAGAGUAGCAAGCUAAGUGUUAACUUCAAAAGCAGAUUGUUUUCUGUGGACAAGAUAUGCCUUUUAGGAUAACGUGCCAAGAGCGCUUCAUAUCUCAAUAGCCUCUAGAACAUACAUCAAUAUAACAAGCACUGGAUUAUAGUAAAACUUGGGAAAUGUGACAAAAUAAGCAGUGGAAGAGAACAGUACUGAAUCCAGUUGGAAAAACAGGAAGUAUAGAACUUGAUGAAAUUAUGGAAUAUCCUAAGAAACAUCUAGUUUCUGAUCAUGGCGGUGAGGAAAGUGAUAAUUUCAAUAAGCUUUCAACUUUAGACAAGGAAAAGCUAAGUGAUUAAAAGGUAUUGGAGACUGUUUUGAUUACAUAAAAAAGGAUAGCUUUUUAAAGUAGUGUGAAAGAUUAUAGAAAGAGAAUAUAUUAUUUGCUUGAAAGACUUAUUUUAAUGAAAAAAAGCGUGAGAAGGUAGGGAACAGUAUGAUGUAACAGCCUGCCAGAAGUUGUUUCAAAGGUCGUCAUCACUUGCUGAGGUAUUUUGGCAAGAUAUGUUCCCUCAGCAGCUUAAGGACAGUGCCAUGUGUAACAAUGUAGUAGCACUCAUGAUGUCUGAACAAUUUUAGUAAAGUUAAAGGUUAGUCAUGAGGCUUCAGAAAUAAUACAGACAGUGAUCCAAAGUCUAAACAAACAAGACCUUGUGAGAAAAAUUAAAGGCUACAUUUCAAAUAUACCCUCUAAUUCCAGAUUUCUGAUUUGAGAUACCUAAUGCUAUGGUAUUCAGAAACAAAGAGCACCCAGAACUUUUAAAUCAUUAGUUCAUUAGGAAAUUCUGACCAAAUGUCCUGAUGUUGUAAACAUUUUCAUACUCAUGUAGGUCUGUAUAUGAGUUGUCCUGUUAGAUUGCCUGAGGCUUGGUCUGUGCAAGUGUACAGAAGCAGACAUGCAAGUCCAACUGAUGUGAAUGGAGGUUGAUCUGAAGUGAAAUACCAAAUGUAGGUACAUCACCUGGGUGUAGGAUCCCAUCUUUGUUUUGACUGGGCUCUUGUUUAAGUGCAUGAGAGUAAAACACUGUACCUUUGAACACAGUCAUAUUAAGAACUGAUGUUCCUCUGUUAGUUUUUAAUGCCCAAAGUCCAUGAAAGCUGGAGUUUCCAGCCAUCUCAUGAUUUUUUUUGUAGAAUAAGUAAUUUGUAUUUUGAACUCUCUUUUACUCUUUCUUUUACAAAACUUUGUAGCUGGCAGUUGCAUGCUCAUUGCCUCCUGCUGGCCAAAAGUGACUGAAGGGGGAAAUUUUGUUCAUAAUUUUAGAAAAAGAGGUGAAGAGAAGCAUAGAAAAGUAAAGGCUCAUUGUCAAAAUUACAGGAAUCCAUGACCCUUGUCCUGAGAAUAGAUAAGUGUGCUGGGAUGUAUAUUGAAGAGCUAGUGUAUCAUGGGUCUCAUUUUGAGCAAUGCCUCUUACUUCCCUUGUAUAUCUACCUUCUAAAACCUUGUUCCAAAUCACAAAUCAUUCACAAUUGAGAGAGUGGCAGCCCAGAGUAUCAAAGACUGUUAUUUGACUGACAUUUUGAUCAAGAGUACAGUUUUGAUGGGGAUGGUCUUUAUCAGAUGGAACAAGAUUCUAGGUCGUAUGUUACAAACUUCUGCAUUCCUAACCAUGUUUUUCAUUUCAAAUUGAAAUUAGAAGGUAAGCAAGCCAAGUCGCCAGCUAAGAUGGCAUAAGCAGGUGUUGUGCUUUGGUUUCUGUUAUACGAAGAAGUUGGAAGGUUCUUUCAAGUCAUGAAAUGGACAGUGUAAGUACACUGAGGUAGUGCGUUGGCUCUGGAGACUUGCUAAAGGUUUCAGAGUUUUCAGCUGAAGUUUCCAUUCCAUUCCUUGUCUGACAGAAAAAAGUCUCAGUAUCACUCUUACUCUACUGUAGUCUGGGAGAAGUUGUGCACCUUUCUUCUAAUCUGACCUUCCUCUACCGUUUACAAGAUCUUGGUUUUGUCUUUGUUACUUUUGAGAUAUCUCCCUGCAAAUCUCUCUCAUCGUGGGUAUUGCAGGUCCAUUGUUAGUUUACCCACACCUUGUCUCGUAGGCAGAAUAACUUAAACUUAUUUAGUCUUGACAUACAGGGAAGAUUUUACAUACUUACCUUAUUCUUUUUCAGAAACAUCUAAUCUGUCAAUAUACCUUUAAACUUCGGAGUUAGGGCUAAGCAUCGUCAAGUUCUAGUAUAUCAAUGCUAUCCCUACUGGUAAUAGCACUUUCCUCUUUCUUGAUAUCAUUCUGACUGUCUAAGCAUUUGCUGUUGUAGCCUUUGUGUUACUUUUGAUAGUAAUAUUAUAAUUUUGUCCAUUUUCUGGAAUAAAUGAGCUGCAUCUGAAUGAGAUGGAAUUUGCAUCAUUGCUGAUUAUCCUUUGAAAGUUCCAUUUUAUAAUGAUUACAUGUCAACAUUGGGGGUUUACUCCAAAAUAGGUUCUUUUUUAUCAAUUCUUACUGUUUGCUUAGGAGAAAAGCAGAGAGUGCAGCAAGAAUGCAUUAUCUGUGUUGAAUGUAGAUCAUUAUACAUAAAAAACAAGAGUCAAUUUCCCCUAAAUUUGAUUAUUUCACAAGUUCUAUUCCUUAAGUAUUGGGAGUAAAGUUCAAAAUGUUAAUAUGGUGGUAUGAUCAGGAUGCUUUUGAUGAAUGUGGUUUGUAUGAGGCUGGGCUCCCAUUCAGAAACAAUCAAUCACUGUCCGGCAAGUUUUGUAAGUAAAUGUCAUUAAAGGUUGCGUUUGCUGAGAUUGUAUUUGUGUUUUCUAAAUAAUCUUCUGGCAUAUUCUCUGCAUAGUAUCUUUACAUAGUGUCAAAAAUUACAGAGAAAAUAAAACUUGAAAAAUUCAUGUUUUCUGUCUACAAAUGUGCAGGAAGCAGCACGCAUCUGAGCAAUGCUGUUGAAACCAAUUGAUUAAUCCAGUCUUAUGUCAAAAUACUUAUACAAUGUUGAAUAAAAUAAAAUUAGGACUAUGAGUAAGAACAGAGUUCUUACAACUUACCCUAGAGCAAAGAGAAAAGAAUGCACUGACAUGCUGUCUGUACAAUAUAGUAAGUAAUGUAUAUAUUUUAUAUUCAUUCUUACACAAAUUACAAAAAUAUCUAUGUCAUUACAAAGCACUCGUGAGUAGUUAAAAUUAAUUCACAGGAGUAACUUGUAUGUCAAGUCAUUCACUUGCACUGCAUUUUCAAGACCUGGCCCAGACUAUAGGUGUCUGUCAACAUAUUUAAAAUACCUUGUCAUUGUGGUGUAUCCAGUAUAAAGUAAUAAUCUGAGUAUACAUCAAAUACACAAAUUAUAUUUCACAUUUGAAAUAUAAUUGAAAUAUUUUCUUUUGAUAUAAAUUUCUUCAGAACAAUGUUUUUUUCUGCUGAAAUCUGAGAAGAUCUCUUUAGUUGUGUAGUGUUGUGUUUCAGUAAUUCAAGUCCUGGUGCAGGUGGUACAUGCAGUUUACUGAUGUUAGAGAUAGUAUUUAAACAACUCCAUGCUCAAAGGUAGUAUAUCAAAAGUUUUUAAAUUGAGGGUGACAGAAACUGGUGCUGCACUUUCAUGUUAUUCAGCAAUGUGGAAGAAUUUUGACAUACAGCUGAAAUGAUCAAACUACACUAGUUUUACUGUCUAACUUCAUUUGACAUGAAUUUCAAAGGUAUUUGGAAGUUAUUAUGUUGUAUGCUACAUUUGCAGAGUUUACCUUCCUUAGGGAACUUUUUUAUAAAGUCUGAUACAAGGGAGCUUAUGAUCUCAAAACAUUGCAUAAAGCUGAUAUAUUUUUUUGUAAAUCUCCUUUUGUGUUUAAUUUGCAAGUCAUGUAGAAGCUGUAGUUUCUACAGGAGCUGUUACUACAAAAGUGAAGCAUGCUGCUACUAACCAGCCCACAUUAUCUUAUGAGCAUACUUCUUCCACUGAUACAAGAAGAGACUGGCCUAGAAAUACAGAAGAUUACUUCAGCUCAUCAGUAUUUUGUGUACAUAUAAUAGGUAAAAUUGGAAAAUAAAGGUAACAAGAGGAAGCCCAAAGUAGUUUGGUGAUACAUUAUAAAUUAUAUAAUUUGUACAAGCUUAAUAUGCUUUGUACAAUAUUUACUGGUUUGUUGCUUUUUUGAUAGAAAAGCAAAGAAAAUUUUCUUAAAAUCUUUUUGUUUUGCUCAAUACUGAUGUGGUUCAAAGAGCACAGAUAUUAGCACAGACAUAAGCACUUUUCUAUAGGGUAAAAACUGUAUGUAAUUUAAAAUUUUCUGUUAAUACUUGUAUUUCUUCAGGAUUCUGACAUCUGGGACCCAGAGGACUUGAUUUACUUCUGUAAUUACCUGGGGGUGUGAGUCCUAUAAAAGAAAUGAGGAUUUCAAAACUUAAGAAAAUUAAUAACAAAAAAUUCUGCAAAAAGUCAUGAUUGAAAGCUAGUUAUUCAAAAAAAAAAAACCCACAAGAAACCCCAAAAAAAACCAACAAAAACCUACUUGAAAAUGGCUUCCUGGGUUUUUAAUUUAAACUUUUAAAUUUUUUUAUUUAGUUAAUGUGAAACACUUCCCUACAUCUUCAGUUACAGAAAGAUCUUUUAUGUCAGUGAGGCCUUUUUCUGUCCAAGUACCAAAUGUGUAGGGAUUCACAAAGGGUACCUCAAUGUAACAGCCCUUCAUAUUUAUCUGACAAAACAGCGAAUGAUCGCUCGGUGUUUGCCGUGCUUAUCUUCAGCAAUAACAAAGGAUUAAAAGCUUCCUUGCUCCUGUGUUACAGCUCUCGUUCUUUUCCUGCUAGCUCACACAGGCGAGAGAGACAUGUUUAUACCAAGUAUAAAGCUCAGUAGAGGCUGGAGGAGGGAGCUGCUUAUUAAGAAGUCAGUAUAUGUCUCAUACAAGGAAAACCAGUGUCCUGUGCAAUAGCCAUUUCUGUUAAACAGAAGCCUGUGGGGGGAAGGAUUAUGACGUGUGAUUGAGACACCUGUUGAGAAAAUAGGCAACUAUUGACAAGUCUGAUUCAUGACUGAGUGACUGCUCUGCUAGUCUUCACAUGAUCCCCACCGAGAGCGAGCCUCGACCGCCUGCUAAACAAGGGCUGUUUGAAGUUUCUUUUUAACAUUUCCAAGACGUUAAUUCAGCAGGACAUCUCCACUGGGGUUCUCGAUGUCACCAAAUCAGCAGCUGUUGAAAUCCAUUCACUUCAGCAUGAAAUGUUUGCCUAAGUUUUUUCUUUUUUUCUUUUAUUUGUGACAACAGCAAAGUAAAUAAAACCCUAAAAAUCCUGCACUACUCAACUUGUAGAUGUGUGAGAACAGCUUCUGGUCGCAACUGUAGCUGCUAAGGCAAAAUAUUUAUUUGUAGAGAACAAUGACCAUCUGAGUAGUUUAUUACAAUACACAAAAUCCACUGAUGUUAAUAGAGAUUUCUGAGACAUUUUUGUAGUGUAAACAUUCAGUUAAUUUUUGUGCCAGCUGUCUAACUUGUGCAAAAAGCGUUUUGAAAUGGAAUUGUCUUUGUUUUUAAAGUCCAAAAAAAUAUCUUAAAAGUCUAAAAGCAAAUGUUUCCUAUUCUUUCCAGUCAGUAAGUGAAACUCUGUUUUUUGGGUAGGAAAACAUUUCUAUCUGACUCACAUUUCCCUGAGAAAACAGCUUGUAUCAUAGAAUUAGUUUAGUUUGAAGGGAAAACAGAACAAGGCAAGACAUGUAAACAUAUUACAAAGCUCACUUUGAUAUUUAAAUGCUUUUUUUUUUUCAUUUCCUGGCCAUCUGAAAAAAGGUGUGGUGAAUGUAGUCAAUUGUAAAUAGAAACUCUGUAUUUUCAGUCAGCUUUAUUGUUAAACCCGAGAACUGCUGACCACAUAUGAAGACUCCUGGUUUGAGCCAUCCUUCCUCUGUUUAUUAAAUCUGUUAAGACUUAAGUGUAUUUUUACAAGUUCAUUAAUGUAUUCCAUUCUCUCUGAUGUAUUUUUUCCCACUAUUAUCAGAUUUCAUUAUAUGGGAGGAAUUAUCAGAUCAACCCAUUAUACAGCCGAGCAGCGUUAAGUCUGAUUGGAAUUUGGGCUUCCCUCCGUUUACAGGGGGAAUAUUGUGUAAAUCAGACUCUCGGGUUUCAGUGGGAGGCACAGGGCUGCACAGCAUCCAUUUGUCAAGUUGAUUGCACCUCAGCAAGGUUGCAUUAGCUUGUCUUUGAACAGAACUGAAAUCCUAUGCGAAGCUCCCCUUUCUGUCAUUUACACUAACAUCCAUCCUCUUAAACCAAGGCCUCAGAGAAAAAACAAAGUGAUGGCACAAUAUAAUCAGUCACUCAGGUUGUCUGUCAUCUGUUUUCUUAAGGAAAUGACUUUUAAGUUAGUGGAGCAGAAAAUUGAAGAAAAUUAGCAGAAGGUUGUUGUAGAAGCAGGAGGAAUUUUUAAAAAUUACAGAUGUACAGAGAGAAGCUCCAUUAUGUAGAGCCAAGAGAAAUGAAGUUGAUUCUGGUUUUUGGUUUAGUGUUAAUAUAAUGCCAGUGCAUCCAAUAUGCAGUAAUUCAACUUUUAAUGAAACUUUAUUCAUAAACUUGAAUUGGGCUGUAAACGCACAAUAAAAAGCUGGUAUGUACAUUUUCAGUUUUAUAUCAGUGACCGUGUUUUAUGAUGCUGGAUACUCCAGUAAUUCGCACUCUUUUCCAUGUGUCAGGAAAGCUGCCUACAUAUCUCAGAAAUGUUAAGCUGGAAAGGCUCUUGUAAACAGCUCUAGGAGGAGGCUCUAGGAGGAGGCUUUAUGGAAAGCCAGAAAACUGAUUUUUCACUCUGAUGAGAAUGGCAGUAGUAAAUAACAUUAAUUACUUAAACUGAUGUACAGUGAAACUCAUACAGUACAGUUGCAACUGUUGCUACAGCAUUAGUGGUGUAAAUGGAGAGAGGAUAAAGAUGUCUAUUUUGCAUAAGGUAAAAAGCACAGCAUUUUAAUAUACUUCUUUUCCUCCCAUCUUCCUAAACUCUUCUAUCCACUCUUUAAGUAAUUUUUUAUUUAGAGAUACUUUGAUUUCACUUCAGUCACUAAGAGAAUCAGUUUUGUCUUGUGUAUUUUAAGGGAACAUUUUUCAGUGUGGUAUUUUUUAAAGGAGGGUUGUGUAUGGCUAUUUUAAGUUAGAGCAAAAUAGCACAUUCCAAGUCUAAAAUAAAAACUGUGAGCUCUUGCAACAAACUGGUGUGAAUUUUGAAUUUAUUUAGUUGUUUUGAAAUAGAUACGCCUUCUAACAGCUUACCAUGUAGUAAAUGAUGUGACUAGCAUCUGUCAAAUAUGCUUAUUUCUCUUCUUUCUUUUCUCCCUUUUUCAUUCUGCCCAAGGGAAAAUUGCAUGUGGUCUUUAUUUGUUUAUAUGAUGCAGAUAUAGUAGCCUAAAUCUUACAGUGCAGAAAUAGAAAUAUUACUGAUCUUGGGUGAGAAACUUCUUAUGUCUCCCAUUCUUUUCGUGCUAGAGAUAGGGGCACAAAACCUCACAAAACAAGUCAGGCUGUUAAAUUGCUCCAUCUUAACAUGCCUUGGAAACUUUGGAUGGAUAUGAUAUAACAAUACAAAAUUCUGAUACUGAUUUAUACCAAUGUAGUAGCACAUCAUCAUUUGGAAAAAGAAAAAAAAUUAAGAAGAAGGUUACUAUUUUCAAUACUAUGCAUAGCAUAUUUCUGUAACUUUCAUGAAUGAUUGUAGAUUGGCACUAGUUUAGUUUUUCAGUCAAUAAGUAUUAGAUUUUUCAUAUGUGCCUUGAAAAAAAUUUAAAUUGGCUUGACAGUCUUGAAUACACUUAAAUUUGAAUAGUUUUGCUCAAAGUCAGUCAGACAUAUAAGCAGAAUCAGAGCAUAAGUGAAUCCAUUUUUCUCUUCAAAAAUAAAUCCUAAACUAUUUCAAAAGGAAAGUAUUUUUAAAGACACCAUGUGAAAUUAUAUAGAAAGUUACAGAAAUAUCAAAUGGACUGCCCAUGCAACUCACCUUUCAUUAAGAUAUAUAUUACUUGAAGUUGCGAUAUGAAGAUGAUAAUGGCUACAUUUUACACUUCUUUUCCCUUUUAUCACCUAAUGUUAACAUUUAGGAAUUCGGGAACUUGAGAGCCAUGGUAGAUCAGUCUUGAUCAGUUUAUUUUUCUUUGUUAAGAUUUUGAUAGCCUGGUAAUGCUUUUGUUUGAAAGAGUAUUCUUUACUUCCUCUUGUGGGGCAUGAAAUAUUGUUACACCCAGCUCUUCCUCUAAAGAGUGAAAAACAAUUUAGGUAACUGAAUCUUUGAUGAGGAGACCUGAGAUUGAAAAGUCUGGCAUUUAAUUGCCCUUUUACUCAUAAUUCUUCUACAUUUAACCUCAAAGGUGAUUUAAAAAGUUACAUCUUAAUUGCGUAGCCUCAUUCAAUCAUUAGUACUUUGCCUUGUGGCAAUUUAUUACAACUUUAUUUCCCUGAACCAUCAAUGAAGAUGAUACUGAAUUUUAUAUUAGCCAAAAGUCCUUUUGAGAUUAAUGUGGUAAUAUAGAUUUUAUGCAUGCUUUUUCUGCUUUAAUAUUUGUGUUAUAGAUUGGGGUUAUAGGUAUAGCACAACUGCUUAAGCAGUUUAGAGAAUGCUGCAUAUAUUGCCUCAAGAACUGAUGCUGGAGUUUUAUUUGAAAAUGUGCAUCUGCAAGAGGAAAUAAUAGCAGGGCAUUCUCUGAUAUGUUUCUCUAUAGCUGUUUUCACAGCUUAUUGACACAAGAUAAUAGUUGGACUCCAGCUGUGAGGAAAGCACUGGGAUCAGGGGGGCUAGGAAAUGGGUAUGUGGGUGCUGUGCCACAAAUGCCACUGUUAAUGUUGGGCAAGUCACUCUAAAUUGUACCUCUCUUUCACAGUGGUCUUCUUAAAAUUUUUAAGGUUCCAGCUGCUAAGACUGUGAAAGACCAAAACCCCCUUGUGUCAGCGUAGGAUCAUGGUAGAAUUCAUCAUCAGCAGGUUUCCUGUUAUAUUCUGUAAUUCAUUUGGAUAGAUAUUUAACUAUGACAGGCAGAAAGCAUUGAGACCCUUAUGCUACUCUAUGUAACUGCCAUAAUUUAAAAAUUCACAGCUUUUCCAUGCCAAUCCUAUCCAAAUUCUCAGAUUAGAACUGGCAACUACUGGGAUCCACUAUACAAGCAUUUCUGCUUGCUCAGAGUUUAGGGAUAUUUCAAUGGAUGAGGCUAAUUUAAUGAAUACUUCAAGCCAGGUGCACUGACACCAGUGCCAAAAGCGCUGUCCUGCCUUUCCCCCACUCCUGACUUCUCAUUCCUGACACUCUACCACACUUUCCUUUGAGCUAUUACAGCUGUUUAUCCUGCAAGCAGCGAGGGAGAGGAGGCUGGGGGAGGACAGGACUGCUGCCUUCACUCACUCCCCUGGUACAACCAGCAGAAGUGUUGUUUGCCUUCAGACUCUGAAGUGGGAUAUGUGAGCAAACCAGAAGGGUCUCCACAGCAUUCCAAAAAUGUGAACUUGUGGCAUCUGUGGGUGAAAUACCAUGGAACUUGGUGAAUGUUACAUCCUUCCUCUAAGGAACAGGUAAGCUCAUGCUAGAAGCAGCUCAAACAAUAGCAGCCUCCACCCUAAAUUCUAGCACAUUUCACCUCCUGAAACAAAAGCAUAUGUGAGGACACUCAGGCACUUGAACUGAGAGGAAGAAGGGUAUGACUGGCUAUUAAAUUAAUCUAUGUGGAAAUUGAGUAUAUCUGGAAGAGAAAGCCAAAAGCAAAAGAAAGAAAAACAGAUAAAGCAGGAGAAAAAGCAUAGCAAAAAACUCGAAGGAAGAAGUGAAAAUAAGAAAGAAUUAGAUAAUCAAUAUGGCAGUCCUACAAAGGUCUGAGUCUGGCUGAAAAGGCUUCAAGAAGGGAAGGCAGGGAUUUUUUUUGUUACUAUCUCCUGCAUUGAAGGAAACAGGAGUGAAAUUGGGUGUGGGUGACUUUGGAGGUGUUUUUUUUAACUGGAUAUGCCUAAAAGAUGCUUGACUUCAUAAUUUUCUUCUCCUAAUAAAAACAGCCCUCAGGGCCUCAAACUUUGGCUAAUCAUUUAGGUCAGAAGGGUAAUAAUAAUGUAGAAGACCAUGAAUUAGAAGUGUACCCUGGGGAAAGCUUGACCCAAUGCAGAAGUAGAAAGUAACCAUGCAAAACUCUGUAAUGGGAUCCUCUGAAGCCGAAUGGGAAAAUGAGGGCUCAUACAAAUAUGCUCACCAUCUAAUAUGAAACAUAACUCCAGAAGUAUGUAUUUUUUAUUCCCUGUUAUGAGUGAAACCACAGUGGAGUUACUGUAAUACUGAGGCUGAACUAAUCCCAUCACAAGAUCAGAUCUUGGUAAUAAAUAGUUCCAGGUGUGAUCCAAGGAUUAAGAAUGUUUAGAUUUGUUUAAACUGAAAGGUGUGGAGUUUUUUCAGUCUUUCCACUGACAAGAGAGGGUUGUAUGAGGUGUGAAACUCCUGUCUUCAAAAGACAGACCUGCCUAUCACAUAUCCCUUUUUACUGGUAUAUCUAUCUCAAAUACUUUACCAAAAAAGCUGAUAUUAUUCUGCAUAUGUUAUGGAUAGGGAAAUGAGGGAUGAGGAUGCUCAUCAACUUUCUAAAAGUUAGCCACCAUAGGCAUGGCAAACCUGGAAGUAUAAACGCUGGCACAGUGCUCUACUUCAUGGGCUCUGCUGCCUUUCAGAGCAUUCUCACAAUUUGCCAUUUUCUUUAUCAUGAAACUUUGGGUUUGUAAUGGGAUACACUUGGAAAAGAGUGACUCUUUUGAAUAUGCCCAUCUUGCGAGUGGCAUUAGACAGGAAUGGAAUGAGCAUGUAUGUAAAAAUUGUGCCAUACUGCAAAUACAUAGCCAAUGCCUUCAUGUCUUUCAGUCUUUGUUUUUUACGGUUUCAUGGACUAUGUCUAAUCAAGUGUUGAAGCUCUAUGAAAUAGGCUUAACUUGAGGAUUAGGUUGUUAGCCUCAGUUCUCAGUUCCUUUCCACAGUCUGUGGCUGUAUUGGCAACAGAUAGACAGCAUAGCAGCAGAUAGUGUUGAUGAUCUCUCAGAAUUUGGAUAAGUUUGUAGCUGAAUAGGGAGCUGCCAAGAGCAGGCUCUGGGGCCACACUAAGCAUUUAUAUCUGUUUCUGUACUAUAGUCCCUCCCUAGAAUUUAUACAAUGGUAAAUAACCAUUUAUACAACCCCAUGCAUUGCUACAGGCUUGGGGAGGAGAGGCCUGAGAGCUGCUCAGAAGAAAUGGACUUGGGAAUGCUGUUUGACAGGUGGCUGAUCAUCAGCCAGCAGUGUGCCCAGGUGGUCAAGAAAACCAGUGGCAUCUUGGCCUGUAUCAACAAUAGUGUGGUGAGCAGGACCAGUACAGUGAUCAUCCUCCUAUACUUGGCACUGGCAAGGCUGCACCUCAAGUGUUGUGUUCAGGUUUGGGCCCCUCAUUUCAAAAAGGACAUUGAAGUACUGGAGCAUAUCCAGAGAAGGGCAAUGAAGCUGGUGAAGGAUCUGGAGCACAAGUCUUAGGAAGAGCAGCUGAGGCAACUGCUUUAGUCUGGAAGAGGUUGAAAGGAGGUUGUAGUGAGGUGGGGGUCAGUCUUUUCUACCAUGUCUCGGGUAAAAGGGUGAGAGGAAACUGCCUUAGAUUAUAUCAGGGAGGCUCAGAUUAGAUGUUUGAAAAAAAAAUUAUUGAAAAAAUGGUUAGACAUUGAAAUAGGCUGCCCAGGGAGUUGGUGGAGUCACUAUCUCUGGAAAUGUUCAAGAGGCAUCUGGAUGUGGCACUUGGGGAUAUGAUUUAGGGGUGAUUAUGGUGGCUGUAGGUUGAUGAUCAGACUAGGUAAUCUUGAAGAUCUCCUCCAGUCUUGGUGAUCCUGUGAUUCUGUAUUGGACCAACAGGUAGGUGGUCACUUAUACAUAACCCAGAAUUUUCUGUGUGUGGAUCCCACUUACAGGCAGGAAUAAAACAGUUUGGGGCCUGGAGCCCAAUUCUUUAGCCGCCUAAUCCAUGUGUCCAGAGAGAAGAGAAUGGAAAGAAAGCACGGCAAAAGAAAAGGAGUGCAGAGAAGACUGCUUUUCAUCCACACUGGCACCUAUGGGGAGAAAGCAAGUGGGUGCUGGAGAUCCGUGCAAAGAAAUGAAUCACCAGUAGGCCUCAAUUAGAGGGCUUCAGACUAUGCUUUCCUUUAGUCUGUCCUGCUGAGCAGAGGCCCUGAGCCAGGGACAAAGUGUUCUGGGACACAUCCUCUGUAAGACUUCUAGAUUUCUUGAAUAAUUCACAAAGCUUUUGGACCCCUUUUCCCCAAACACACACAAAGCCAAUUGUGCUGUAGAACAGAGUUUGAGAAACCCGUAAGGAAAGCAGCUUACUUCUUCAGCCUUUAUAUAGGCACUUUAAAGGAGUUUUUAUUAUUCCCUAUUUUCAGAGAAUGACAAAGCCAAACACUUAGUGUUUGCAGAGUUAAUAUGCUGUAGUGAUUUAUUUGGUAUCUCUUUAUGAGAAUUACUGCCUUAUUUACAUUGUAAUAGCAAUAGUGAUGUUCUGCAUAUAGGCAUAUUGCCUUUGAUUGGGAACAAUACCCAGAACUCUGAGUACUUCAUGAUUUAAUUACUCAUGUUCUUUGCAAGAGUAAUUAAAGGAUCAUGCCAAAAUCUUAUCAGAGCAUGAAUAUUUAGCAUGCCAAGAGUGAAGCUAUUUAAGUGGCAUACCAAUGAUUUAUUUGCUGACAAGAUUCACUUUUAGAAACUCUCUCUUCGCUGUUUCACUAUUAGUAGUUAGAAGUGUAAAAAGUGUAGUUAUCAAAAAGCGUUAGUGGGAAGUGAGAAUAAAUUUUCAAGUGACCUGUGAUCGCAAAUGCUUCGGUUUAAAAAAAAUUCAUCAGAGAAACUGAUUUUUCAGAACUGAGCAAAUAUUUUCUGAAAAAUCAAGCCAUGGGUAGUUAUUUGAAAGUCAACCAGCACCGGUACAGCUACUUAUGCUAAUCUUUUUCUAAAUCUUCACCAUAAAAUUUUUGGAGUCUAGUUACUUAUCUGGAAUAUCACUUUAAUGUGUAAGUAUUAGCUUUUUUUUAGAAGUGUUGCAGCUGAGUAGGAAAAGCUGGUGGUUAAAUUGUUCUGAAUAAUUAAACAGUCUAAGACAUUGUAAAAUUAUGUAGUCCAUAUAUGCCUUCUAAAAUAGAUCCUCCGUUUACCAUUAAAUCUUGUUAAGCCACAAACAUCUACCUGAUUAUUUUUUCGUAAGUGUUUUCUCUAUAAAAGUAAUUCAUCCAUUCCCAAGCAAUAGAUUUAACUGCUUCCAGUAAAAUACAGUUUUACAUGUUACACAUACCUUGACCUAGAGUUAAUCCGUAGCUUUUCUUGAAGUAUUUUUGUAUACUCACACACACUGGUCUGUUGCAGAAGGCACUUUAAAGGAUUUAUCUGUAGAUGCUAGAAGGAACAAUCAUUUGCUGAAGUAGUAUUAAGAUCUGAAGAUUAUGUUUAACAUUUGAAAUACUUCAGUAGCACUAAGUCAGCUUGAGUGUCUGAGCAACUAACUAGUCCCAGAAAGAAUCAGCAGUGUCACCCACAAAGUGCUGAUCUUCAGCAUUUUUAGUACUUUGCAGAAACGAUUUCUCAGUUCCAAGGCAAUUGUCCCUAUCAUGCAAGUGCUGCAUACUAUUAUAGUCAGAAGCCUCCGUUUGAGAGUAAUCCAAGAAAGAAUACCAGUAUAUUGUUUCCAAGUUCUUUUUGUGAAAUAUUUGGCUCCAAUGCAUAGCUAAUUUUCAAAAGACUCUUUGAAAGUCUCUCUUUAGAAAAAUAUGCAUUUUCUAUAAGUGCAUAGUUCAUUUUUAAACCAAAUCUAGCUAAAAAUUGCCACAUAAGCUGUUUUUCAACAGCAGGCCAAUAGCCAUUUUUUUGUCUCCCCACAGGAGGAAUACAUUUAUAUUUUUAAAAUAUAUGUAUUUGAGUAGCCAUAUAAAAUAAGCAACAUGAAGGUGUCAUAUUGAAUUCAUUAAAAUUUCUCUCUCAUAUGUAAUCCCAAGUAUCUAGAUCCUUAUAAUUUUGUUGGCAGAGGGAGCAAGUACAUGGCUUGACAGAUCAGCUGGGCUAUGAAUAGCUAAACGUUAACAUACUUUCAAGCUCAUAUUUUGGUUUGGGUUUUUGCCUUCAGUGUUGGUUAAGAAGUCCCCAUUGAUGAUACCAUCUCCAGACCAUAUUUAGCAGACAGACUUUGCUUGUCCUGUUAUCACCCCUCCAAAGCCAGAAGAUGGAGUGUCCUUUGAUCCCUGGUCCCCUUGGAUGUUCACUGCUCAGCUUUCUUACUGCUCUUUUUUCACCAGGGCCUAACCUCAGGCACAGUAAUAUGGCACACUUGCUGGACUGUGGAGCUGCCAGGCCCUAGGGAGCUGUGAUUCCUAUAGCUAUUGCUGUCUUGAGAAUCAGUGGGCUAAAAGAGAACUAAAAGCAAAGAACAGGUCACUGAUUGAGUUGCCUUCUUCUCUGAUAUAAAUAUUUGUUAGGAAACAAAACUUUCAGUUCAUAACCAGUACCAUUUCUGUUUGACACAGUGAUAUCUUAUGUUGUUAAAGAGAGCCCUCGGUGGCUACCAGGGAUUAGUGGGGGAAGUAUUUCACUUGCAGGUCAUCUGCACAAAUCUGGCCUGGGGCAUGGAUGAUUGACAGCUGUUCAGAUGUGAUGUCUGCAGGAGGCCCCUCUGAAGGAAGCUGCAGGUUUCUGUCUGGGCGGGCAGGUGUCAGCACUACAGUCCCUUGUGGCCGUAAUUAGUAAUCUCUGCCAGCAGUGCCAUGAUGGCUGCAGGGACCAUGCGGAAACCCAAUCUCAGGGUGGAACCCGGUGACUUUCUGCUGCCGGGACUGUGCUUGCAUGGGGAAAUGGUGUGAAAUCCUCACUCCAUGAAAGCUCUCUCCCAGGGUAAGGUCACACAAGUGAAGCAAGAGCCUGUCCCAAACUGCUUUGUGCAGGCAAUUCUUAGGCAUCGGCAUUACAGUGGGGUGUAGCUCUGGACAAAGGGAAUACCGAAGGGAAGGCUUUAAUGCCCUUCACUAUUUUUGUCCCAGAUUCCCUCCUGCAAACCAGCAUUUCACUGGGCUUUUCCCUUACCACUUCAGCUCCUUGCUACACUUUCCCAUGCAAAUCAUUUUUUUCCUUCGUAAAUGAUGUGAAGCAAAUACCUAAUGUUAUCUUUACUGCUGACACAAGAAAAUUAGAGGAGGUAUAUUACAGUCCUGUUCAGUAUUCUUUCCAGAGAAAACUGCUGGUUAGGUCAAUUUACUUGGCACUGUUUUAAUCUUAACUUGAGGCCUGCUAUAGAUAUACAGCAGCUGGGUCUAAUGUCUUCAUGCAUGGUUGCAAGCAAGUCAGUUAAUUUCUGUUUGUUGAGAGGUAGGAAUCAAGCAAAUUUUUCUCUGUUGAAUGAAAACAUUGUGGGGCCGGUAACAGGUGAAUAAGCAAUACUGGAUAAGAAAACAACUUGGAAUUACCAUCUAAACUUUGAAGGGCUGGAUUCCAUAAGAGAGAAGUCACAGUUUCAUCCUGUUUGUAGUGGCAGUUGUUUAUCCCUGAACCUUUGGUUAGAAGAAUUUAAAGGAAAAACUGUCUUGACAGACCUUCUUCAUGAUAAAGCAUGUCACCAGUGAAGAAGCACUUAGCUUCAACUCCAUUUGCAGUGCUGUAAGCUGCUAACUGGGGUGGUCAGUGUAUUGCUAAACCUAUAUCCAGGGUACAAAGCUAAACAAAUUGCUCCUCUGUCAUGCUGAGUUCUGCUCAGGCUCUUGAUAACCUAUUAGGUUAUAUCCAUCAAGGUUGUGGAUGUAUGUCCAUAGAGGUAGUGCUUGCUGCACAGUGUCACCCGUGGCCCAAGUUCCUGCCACACUCUGUGGAAUCCUCAAACAUUGGAGCUAAAUUCACUGGAUCUUCACUGACUUGAAAGAGUUAUAUUUAGUGUUAUAUUUAGUGUUAUAACCAGUCAAAGAGUUAACUACUUAAAAAUGUGUGCUAAUUAAAAUGUCCAGUGUUGACAUGUGAGAAGCAUGAGCUAUGGGCCUGUACCUCACCGUAUAACCAAAUAGGCUCCUAUCAUAUUAAUUAAGGGUAGCUUAAUUCCAAAUACACCUUACUGUUAUACCUUAAAAUUUCCUAAAACUGUUCAUAUAUUUAGAAAAUAAAACUUCUGAUAAAAAAUGACAACAAAUUUUAAGAGUAUAAACUGAGUCUUUCUUUUCCCAGAUGACCACCUCCAGCUGAUGCUGUGCUGUGGGCCAAGUGAAGGAGGGAGAAAUAAUCUUCUUCUAAUUUUUGCUAAUUCUUUGUUGUUGCUGUUCCUGUGUCUAUAUUCAUGGAAUCAUAGAAUUUUUUGUGUUGAAAGGGAUCUUAAAGAUCAUCUAUUUCUACUCUCCCUGCCAUAGGCAGGGACAUCUUCCACUAGAUCCAGGUAUUCAGAGUAGAAGAACAUACUUCCGAGCACCAUAAUAUUUUAUUACAAGACUUUCUCCAUCUGUACAGCCUAGCCUCUCUCAUUUAGUGCACAUCCAUUUAUAAGAAGUAGAAAAUCUCAGACUAAGUGGGAUGCCAUAUCUUACUCUAAGCCCUUCUUACUCUAUAGUUGGCAUCGCUGCCAAAGUCUCCAUAUUGUCAAAUCAUCAACUGAGAGAAGCUGCAUUUCCGAAACCUUUUACCAAAGAAUCAAUAAAAGGCUAUUUAAAAUGACAACCUGCAUGGGAUAGAGUAUAAGCAGAAUUAAUCAUAUAUGUGCAAUUUUCAUAGCAUGUAUCUUCACUGUUACUUAAAAAGACAACUAAGAUGGAAACAUUAGUCUGAUGUUUCCUCUCAAGCUUGACUGCUUAAAGCACUUUCCUGGAAAAUUCUGUGUUUACCUAAGCCCCUAGGUGAAAAGCCACCUUCACCUUCCCUACCCCUAGUGGAGCUAAUGAGCCAUGCUUGUUAUCUUCCCAAACCUCUCAUCUCAGCAGAAAUUAAUCCACUUUCUUUUCCCUGUUCUAACACCUGCUACUAUGUUAAGCCAGGAAAAUGAAUGUUCCUGCCCUUUUAUGUUCGCUGAAGACUGACAGACAGGUAGUACUUCUUUGUGUUUCAUUAGUCAUUAGGUACUUUGACACCAAAGCUAAACCAGCUUAAUUGCUCGCUGCUACCAAAAGAGCCAAUCUCAUCCCUUUACUUCCAUCUUGUUCCCAACUGCAUGACUGCCCUGUCUCCUUUGCAUGGCACCUGUCCCUGUGGGGACUCAUUUUAGAGGUCUAGACCUAGAAAAAAAUUGAACCAUAUAAAAAUAUGGUAAUAGAUGUACGACUCCCUUUGGGGGUCAGUCAGGUGCCGAUGGUGGUGGAAAACUGAGGUCAGGAGCAUGUUCCUGGUGUGCGAGGGGAGAGAUUGGACAGCCAAUUUUAGCAGUGUUAGGUGGUGUGUUAGACACUGUGUUAGGUUGGCUUGGCCAUCUUGCCAACGUAGACUUGGUAUUCUGUAGAGGGUAGCAUAGUUGCACUAUUCCACAGUACACCUGUGGUUCCUGGUGUGAGUCAGCCUGUAUAACUGAAUUAACUUUCCCAAUGAAUCAUGUUUCUAAUGUAGUUCAUCAGGCAUGGUUGCACAGACCAUCUGUUAGUGUUGAAACUACCUGACAUACCACCCCUCGUCUUGGUGCAACUCUUCAGGCCUGUAGGAAGAAUGAGAUGGGAAAACCAACCAAUUCUGAAUGUAAUUACUUUUUUCCUGUCAGACUAUUUGUAGGCUGGUCAUUGAUAUGUCCUGAUAGACAAUUGUAGCAGCAUAAUUACUGGGGCAACACAAAGUCUGGAAUGGGAAUGGGGGAGUGGAGAGAAAACAAGCAAGGAACUACUUAAGCAGAUAUUGGCACCAAGAGAAAUAGCUGUGUAACCAUUGAUGUGAUAAAGAUUUACAAAAGACUUUCCUAAAGCAUAAGGGACAUUUGUGUUUGGAGCAGAAGAUCUGAGUUUAACCAUAUCAUCAACAUUCCACACUGUGGAUUGUUGUGACAAUCUCAAAGAUUAGCAGGGUAAGGCAACUUGCUUCUUGUUGUCAGUCAAAGUGGCUGCAACCACUUUCCAAGCCCUGGAUAUAGGGAAAGAUAAAGCAGCUGUCUGGCCAAAACUGGCAAUAAGUUAGUCCUAGAAGGAGCUUCUAGGAUUAGAUAGCAUAUUCAGGGCUGGUUGGUCACACGAGAUGAAAGGGGACAAACGGGCUGAGAGCAAGAGCAGAAUUUUGCAGCUGUCACAUCACCCAUUUGGGAACACACACACCUCUAAAACUACUAAGCUGAAGCAGAGAGCCUGGGUAGAUGACAGGACAAAUCUGAACCUGCAAACCAUUGGAAUUGUAUACAUAUACCUGCGUUAGCAUCUGAAGAAGUUAUACUUGCAUAGCAUCCAACUACAGCUUUGUGUUUGCUGGUAUCUUUCAAUAAAUGCUAUCGCAUGAAGAACUGUGGAGCCAGUGCACUCAGAUUCUCAGCAGGGGGUUACUAAAGCAAAAGGAGAAUGACAGAAGAAUCAAUCCCACAGCAUGACAGUGAUCUUUUACAAACAGCCUUGAAGCAUUUGAAUAUGGAAUAUUUUGUGGUUGCAUGUAAAGUUCUCUGAUGUCUUUCGGAGAAAUUAAAAAUCUUGCCAUAUGCUUCAACCUUCUUUUUUUUGUGUCCGUGGGUUAUGUGCAAAUCUUUGGGGUGACUGCUAGAACUGUUGUGAGCAUAUUGGAUGCCUGCAUGAUUCAGGGAGCAACUUGAAAUGUGCUCAGCAUCCCACGCUGACUACAGCCCAUUGAACUAGAGAGCUCUCAACACCUCGCCACAGCAGGCUCCUAACAAGUGGACUGCAUUAUGUUAACUUCCUUAGAAGAAAAUCAAGUACUGCUCUCUUAAAAUCAUCUGGACCUUUCUGCUCAAAUUUAUAGGGGCUGACAGACUUUCUCUCAAGUAAUUCUUUAGUGCUACUUUGCUCUGCAGUGUGCGAAGGAGGAAGUUUGUCAUGGAGAGAGGCCCAUAGGGCAUGUCACUGCCACCUCAGGUUCUUAUGCAGAGGCUAAAACCAGUUGGUGUCAAUGCUCCCGAUUAGCCACCCUAAUUUUCAGAUAGAAACUUGACUGUCACUUCGACUUAAUUGCAUCGUUUCCUAACAUACAACAUUGUGAAGGUUUUGUUUUCUUGCCUGUACCGUGUAUAAAAUCUUUAUAAAAAGACCUAAAAUGUUGCCUUGUUUGUAAAUUAAAACUGGUAUUUCACAUUCAUCCUGUUUCUUAUGACCCUCCAAAACAGAGGCAGAGCUACCUAUAUACAAUUUUGUUGUUCUUCCUUAGUAAAAAACCCUAUUCAUUUAAUGCUAAUUGUGAGUAGUCAGAACUCCUUCUAGUCAGAACAGGAUCAUCUGAAGUACUUUUGAUGUAUGUCUAGAGAGUAUAGCCACAUGCUACAUAACAUGUUACAAACUUUGAAUAUUUAAUGUGUGUAACUAUGCUUUAUUACUAAAAGUUUGCUUUAUUACUAAAAGUUUACUUUA